AUGGAAGGUCUAAGGAAGAUCCUUCCUAAAAGUGGAUCGACCAUUGACAAGAAAAGUGAAACAAGUCAAGAGAGCAUUCCCAUACCCAUGUCUGCCAGAAGUAAACUCAGCCGUCUCAGACAGAAGAUACGUAUGAUGUCAAACAUGAGAGGGUCAAAGGUUCUGGACAGACAGCAGACAAAUGUUGCCUAUGAAAACACAUACAAACUGGAGCCAGAUACAGCCAACAGAUUUUCUACAAAUAAAGCAGAGCAGGUUAUUCACGAAGUGUUUGAACAUUAUCUACGAGGGAAAUCAUAUGAACCUAAAGUCUUACCAAGAUUGAUCAAGACGUUGUCGGAGCUGAUCAGAGACAGAGUAAAAGCUCAAGGUAUAGAAAGACACAAAAUCAUAGUAACUGUAACAGUCAUCGAAAACAAGAAGCAAGGUGUACAAGUCUCCAGUCGUGCUCUCUGGAACGACAAGUUCGACAACUAUGCUUCCAUAGUUUAUGAUGGACCAAACUUCUACGCAGUUGGUUCUGUGUAUGCGGUCUACUAUGACUGA